CGGUUUCUGCAGUUUAACAUUUUAUGUUGAGGUGGUAGCGUGAUAUAAAUUUAUAAUCCAAUGUAGUAUUAUUAUUUAGACGUGCUUUUACCAUUGCAGAUUAUAAAUUAAAUGCGUCGCUAGAAGUGUUACACUUUGACAGCGAAAAUCGUCAAAGUGUGGCGCACCGUGAAUCACGGAUAUAACCACAUAACUAUAUUAUGAAUUUGUGUCCAUGUGACCGACAUUCGUUCGUUGUUAUGAGGCAUCGGUCAAACGGCAAGGAAAGAAGAAUAUAAUUUAAUCUAUAAUUUAUUUUAAUUGUGUCACAUUUUUAUAAAUUCUGUAGCUGAAGAAUGGUUGAGGAGCAAAGGACACGUGUAGAAGAGGCAAUGACGAAUAUGGUAAAUGAAGUUGAUAAACUUCAUCUACGAAAAAUGCAGGCCGAUAUGCAUCGCUGUGCAGCCAAAUGUUGUGAAAAUAACAAUCUCUCUAUAGAACGUGUACACCAAUGUGUUGAAAAUUGUUCCGUGUCUUUAAACAGUGCACAGAAAUAUAUUCAAGGCGAGUUUGAACAUUUGCAAAAUAGAUUACAAAGAUGUAUCAUGCAGUGCAAUGAUGAUAUCAGAGAUAAAAUGGGGCCAAACCCUAGUGAUGCAGAAGUUAGUCGGUAUAGCAAGGACUUUGAACACUGUGCAGUGAAGUGUGUUGAUGGGCACUUGGGUCUUCUACCAACAGUCUUGAAGAAGAUGAAAGAAGUUCUGGCACAAGGCAGAUACCAACAGAACUGAGUGACCUGGAAAUAGUAACUGUUGCUUGGGCCUUGUUUGUUAAAAAUACUGUCUUUCUGUGUGAUGAAUUUGGUUUGUCAAUUGUGUAAUUAUUUGUACUAUAAAUAUAGGUAUUUUAUCUGAAAUGCAUCAUGAUACAUAUUA